UAAAUAUUUUUCGUUUCGACGCUCUGCAUGCACUUUUAAGUUUAAUUUUCUCUAUUCUUUCACUGCCUUUCAAUUUCCUGCCAGCUGACUUUCCUGACGUCGAUCGGCAUCCUGGUGAAGAAACCCCGAUAUCCCCAAUGGCUUCUGGCGGCAACCAUUUGGUACAACAGCAGCCGCAACAGCGAGUACAGGCUAGAUAUGACUAUGAACCAAAAGAGGACGACGAGCUAGAGCUGCGCGUGGGCGACGUAAUUUUGGUGCUUGAACGAAACCUGCCCGACGACGGCUGGUGGCAAGGCUACAACACCAGGACUCAACGCUUUGGCCUCUUCCCUGACAACUUUGUGGUACCAUUUACUGGCCCCGGAGUGCCGGCCGCCAAAAAAGAGAACGAGACUGCUGCUUCUACUUUAGUAAAUCAGGAGCCAGGCCAUAUUGGGAGCGAACUAAUGAAGGCGUUGAUGGAACUUGGUCAUGCUCCAAUAUGCUUAAACGCAGGCAUGUACUCCUCGGGCUGGUUCAGUGGAGGAAGCGGUGUGAAUCUGGGUGAGGAAUGUAUACGAAAUAGAAGUAAGAUUGACUGA